AUGGGGCGCGACAAGACGCGGCGCAGCCCGUCGCCGCCUCUGCCGGCUUCGACGCCGCCUGUGGAAACGGAGGCAGCGCUCAUAGAGGUCGCGGAGCGGCGGACUGCGAUUUCUAACGGGCGUAAUUCGAGGCCGCGGUGUGGCGAGGUGGCCGGCAACGCGGCGGCGGACUGCGCAGCCGUGUGCUGCUGCGGCCCCGCCGUGCUGCUGGACAUCCUGCUGACGGCGUCGGUGCGGGUCCCGGCGGCGCUCUGCCGCCUGGUGAGUAAGGCACGGGCGAAGCGGAAAGAACGGGCCAGGAAGAGGAAGGAGGCCAGGAAGCACAGCGCGAGGUCCGGCGAGGCCGUGUCGGAGGGCGCGGCGGCGAUCGGGGCAGACGGGGCAACGGCGGAGACGACGCCGGCGGAUGAGAUCACAGAGGUGGAAAAGGAGAUGUGGCCCCUGUUUCACAACGCCGGAUUCUGGCGGAGCCCGUCGCAGACAGACGACGACGGGCAUUGA